AUGGAUCAAUGCCAUUGCAAACGUUGCGGUAAAACAGUGACACACAAAGAGAAUCACGCUUGCUUCAUUUACAAGAAAUUUGAUUACAGGUAUUUACAAUCACGGCCAGUAGAAGCGGAAAAACACCAUGAUGAAGUAAAAGACAAAUCUACGGAGAAUUCGAAUGACAGUUCUAAUGAAAAAGAAAAAAAUCUUUCCUCAAAGUACAACAGGUGUACGAUUUUUUCAGAGAAUUUCAUUAAUGAACAACUAAGGAAUUCUUGUGAUAGUUCAUAUUAUGAUCCCAUUUCAGAUGUUCAGAUGAUCCAAACUAAUGUAAAUGCUUCUUCAGAAAAUAUUGUAUCCAGUUACAGACCUGAAAACCACCAACUCGAAGCUUAUGAAGAACUGAUCGUUGUCACCGGAGCAAGCGCUAUUGAUAUGCAAAAGCAAUCAGGUGUAUCAGAUUUCAUGCAUGCGACAACUGAUAUAGAAUAUAAGAUGUCUCUUGAAAAGAGAAAAUGGCAGACUUUGAAUAAAGAUAAAAAUAGUUUUAUGGACUCUCUAGAAUGUGUUAUCAGAAAUUUUCUUCCAGAUAAUAAAAAUAAUUCUGGAACUGCGAAUGUCAUUUUAGAAACUGAUCUUCUACCAGAAAGUAAGAAGCAAAGAAAUGGCAAAAAGGUUGUAUCAGAGAAUAUAAAUGAACAUAUUUCACUGGAAGUGCACUCUCAUCUUUAUUAUAAGAACGAGAAAAGGGCUGCCAACGCGAAAGAAGCAAUAUGUAACAAGGAAAAUGACAAUGCUGUGGCUGGACCUUCCGGAUUCAAUUCUCGUAAAAAGAAAACAGAUAAGACCUCCAGUGAAAAAGAUACUCUUAAAACAAAUUAUCGAACACACACUGACGACAGGCACUUUAUAUGCGUUAUAUGUAAUAAACAAUUCUCUAAAAAAUCAAAUCGUGACCACCAUUACAGAACACAUACUGGCGAAACACCUUAUGUUUGUGAUGUAUGCGGAAGAAAAUUUUCCCAUAUAGGAAACCACAACAGACAUUACAGAACCCACACGGGUGGAAGACCUUUCGUGUGCGACUUCUGUGAAAAAGGUUUUGCUCAAAAAGCUCAUCUCAAGAAACAUGUUAGGACUCACACUGGAGAAAAGCCUUUUGUAUGUGAAGUUUGUAAUAAAGCCUUCGCUGAAAAGGGUAAUCUUAAAGCACAUGCUCGUACCCAUACUGGAGAAAAGCCUUACAAGUGUCCAAUUUGUGGAAAAGCUUUCACGACCAGCAGCUGUUGUAUUAGGCAUCAGAGGAGCGCGCAUAAGUGA